AAUCUAUCCUAUAGUUUCAACCUUCGUUUCUAGAAUCCUCGUGCGUCCGGUGUCCCGUAGAAAUACACUCGAUCGAUGUCAGUUACUUCGAGGAUUUUGGGUGAAGUUUUUGUGCCAUAAAGUAUUCGAACGUUUUUCUAAGACUACAUAUGUUACAUAUGUGUACUUGUUUGUUGUUCAGAAUUCGAAGAUUUUCGAAAGGUCGUUCGUUCUGUGCAAUUACCAGAUGAAAUGGAACGCUUUCUCCGGACUUUAGCAGAUGGAAACUGAGCACACUUUAUGCGGCGGCAAUUAUGUUAUAUUCCCUGAUGUGUAGUUUUUAUUUUGGUUCAUUUUGAGCCACUUUGAGCGGAGUCUCGCUAUAUGGCCCUUUUUCGACUACCGCCGAAAAUUUCAAACUUUUCUUUAUAUCGAAUAUUGUGUUUUGCUUUAAGUUAUUCGAGCGAGUAUAUAGCCGGAAGUUACGCUUGCGAAACGGUAAUUAGCAAAGGAAACCGAGUAAGACAAGAGCUCAAGUGGAGUUAGGUUUCAGCAAGAGAAAAAGGUUUUUAACAACAAUCGCUACGGUGGAUUUGAAACAUGUCAGCUACUCAUAUCCAAGUUGUGAAGUGGACCUUCCCUGCUUUUGCACUUAUAAUUGGUCUAUUGUGGUACAGACGUCGUCGAGUAGACAGAACUGAUCCAGGUGGAAUUACCACUGCAGAUAAUAGUGACAAGAACUUUGUCAAUCAUAAAAAGGAUAUACCUCCGUCAAAAUCCAACUUGAAUUUUUACGAUUCUGGCAUACAGUUUGAUGAAACAUCCUCAUUGAAUUCUUCUAAUCAGCUGAUAGAUGAUAUCAUUUGUAGCCCAAGAAAAAGAAGCGAAAGUUUAGAUAUUCCUCAGAGGAAAUCUUGCUCACAGCCUGUUUCUGCACAUUCGAGAGUGUCUUGUAAAGAUGAUCAACAAUGGUAUGGUUAUAUAAACACACCGGCGAGCAAAAUGGAAAUACAGCUGAGCAGUAAUCCUAAGAUAAGCAAUUUCGAAAUGGUUGCCAGAAGUAGAAAUUCGUCUUUGGAAAACGUCACUGAUACCAGUGGUAAAGUAUUGAAAAUAUUUGACAAUGUUGUUGAGGAAGAGGAACAAAAGUUACCUGGUGAGAACAACACAGAGCUUGAUAACAAAGACCCGAAAGUUGAUACUAGCAAUGAAUGCAAUUAUCUUCCAAACAAAGAAUUAUCUGGUUCCACCCCAUUGAAAGAAACUGUCAAGACUCCGGCUCAAGCACUGUCUGAAAGAGACUCUGCCAAUCACAGUCCAAUCUCUGGUGUUUUAGAAGGUAGCGUUACAGAUGAAGUCAGAAGUGAAGGGAGUACAGACAGUGGAAAAGGUGGAAGUAUUAAAGGCCAUCCAAAGGGCACAGCAAAUCCAGUGUUAUAUGAAUUUAGUAUACCGCAACAUUUAUUAGGAAAAUUAAUUGGUCACCAUGGGAGUUUCUUACAAAGCAUCAGAGUCAAAGCUGAAGUGUACAUAGUUAUCAAACGUCAUCCCAUAUCAAGAGAUCACAAAAUUUGUGCCAUAGAAGGUUCUAAUGAAGGAAUCAACAUUGCCCUAGACAUGAUACGACAAAAGUUUCCAGAGAAGAAGUAUCCUCAAGUGACUCUCGAACAGAUUGUGUCUUCAAAAUUACCAGAAGAAAUUCCGUGGGUCACAGAGUUGAUGCAGUUGUCUUUAGUGGAAGGAGUGAACAAUGACGUUGUUAUGUGUCAUAUAGUUAAACCAAAUCGAUUUUUCGUACAACUUCCCACACACCCCUCAUACCCAUAUUUGCGGAUUUUAGACGAAAACAUGACACAAUUAUAUGACACCACAGAAUCACCUCCAGUUCCAGAUGAUCUUAGUAGAGGUAUGAUUUUAGUUGCAAAAUGGUAUACUAAAUGGGUCAGGGUAUUCGUUGAACAACCGGAUCCCAAUGGAGAACGACAUUUAGUGAGGCUCGUGGAUCACGGUGGUUAUUGGUUUUUCAGUAAUUCAGAAAUGAAAAAAAUUAGGUCAGAUUAUCUAACGUUGCCGUUCCAAGCAAUUGAAGUAUUUUUAGCGAAUGUGCAACCAAAGAACGGGGAGUGGAAUGAAGAAGCAUACAACAUAGUCCUUCAUAUGUGUUCGAGAAUUGUCGGUCAAGCUCAAAUAGCAGGAUAUAUUAAUACGAACACAUAUGUCAAUUUAUAUUUUAAUAUUAACAAACAUGGAGUGAUAUCUCUUGCUGACGAACUCAUCGCGCGCGGGUUUGCGGAUCCAGUACCGUUAGAGAGCGUAGUUCCAGAAGAAGUAUCAUUUUCAUAAGGUACCAAUUAGAAAUUUAGUCCUCAACUAAUUGUACUGUAAAGAAACUGUACGGUGAUAAUACGUGAUCAUGUAAUAUUUUUAGUCACUAAUUGCGUAUAAUUUGUAUUCAUCUCAUACUCUGAGUUUCAUGUGAAACCUGAUACGAAUCUGCUAAUUGAAACUUUGUAUCAAUAGUAGCAUCUUCAUUAUGUUUGAUUAUACUGUUCAAUAUUUAUUAGGUCGAGUCACGUGACCCGUAUCGCAUAUAUUCUCUUGUUACAAACAGUAUCAUUGGACGCGUAUUUAAUGAACAUUUAUAAAUACUCGUGUAUGAUUUGACAAGUACAAAUGUGGAUUAUGUUUAGAAUGUGGCACGCGAUGUUUCAUCGAAUCUUUUAAUACCGUUUUCCACGAGCGGAACAAAAGUUCGGAUCAAAUAUUACGGACAGUAAGAUAAUCGUAUGGAGAAAACAGCACUUUUGUUUUCGUACUUAUUAUAUACUGUCGGGAUGUACGAUAGACAAUAUUAAACUAAAAAGAUGUGAAAGGAGUAAAACGCCACAUUCGGCAGAUCAUGUAAGAAUAUAAGGACCCUGUACAUUUGAUAUAAUAUUCGAAAGGAUUUAUAACGUAGGAACAGAUUUUUUUAUGGGUAUGAUAGUAUAACAUACGUCCUUUAUAAGUUAUAAUAAUAGGAAUUACCGAAAUCACAUAGUGUAUUGUCCAUCAUACUUUUACUUCUGAAACUGUCGUUUUUCGUGUGGGGACAAAUCCGACAGAUGACACUGUGGUGGCUUCAGUAAUCGAUGAAAAAUUGAAAAAGAAAAACGGUUGCAACAAACGGAAUACAAACUCUGAGACUGCUAGAAGAAAAAUAAAAUGCGACUGUACGUUGCGUAUUUAACUUUUCCAUUAUAGGCAAAUUUCAAGGUCACACGUUUUUGUAUAUAGUGUAACAUUUCUUCGCCGUUUAUAAAAUAUUUAUAAUAUACCGUAACGUAACGAGAAAAAAAAGGAAGCAACGGUUAGACGCUGGCUAGCUCUAUACACGGUGAUAAAUAUGAAAAGUGGUUGUAUUAUAACUGUUUCGGACGAAUCGGGAAAUUCGCUUCUCUAUUACGGGUCAUAUUUGUUCAUCGCGAUUUUUAGCGCACUAAAGUACAAGGAAGUUUUUGUUUCGAAAUUCAGCAAUAUUAUUUUUAGUUUAUCUUUUUUCCAUGAUUGAGUUUCAAAAGGAUCGUCCAAUGGCGGUGGUAUUCGCAAAAAUUGGGAUCACUAUCUCAGAGUUGUUAGAAAAGAAACUAGAUAUUGAUACGUUUAGAGGCUUAUCGUAUAAUACAUGUACGCUACACGUACAUAUAUUAUACGUUGAACUAAAUUAUUUUCAAUGAUGGAAAAAGCGUAUUUUUUAUAACAAUUUUUUUUUUUGCGUGAUCGUAAUUUCUUCCAGCAAUUUUUGCUUCCUGAAUCCCGGAUGAAGUGUCUUAAAUGUUCACAAUAUUUUUACACUGCCAUCGAACAGAGCUUCGAAAGCUGCUGUUGUUGUUUUCAUAGAUUGUAAUUUAAUGUAGUGAUGUUCAGCGAUUCACUUCGAACGUUUCGUUUAAUUCUGUGUAUAAACUGAAUUGUAUUGAACAGACGUAUUAAUAAUUUAUAUAAUAUUUACUACCGUAAGAGAAAAUUGCAGAAAAAAAGUAGAAAAAGAGAAGUUGAUAAUUCAGUUAGUGAAUACAUUUCAGAAUUGUUACUUGUUAUAAUAUUUUGCUAUUAUUGAUACGUAAACAUCAUAGAAAUUUUCUAGGAAUAUUAAUCCGCUGUUAAGCCUCUUUUUUUUAUUAUUGAAUCAUGUUUUGAUAUAUCACCGUCACGAGAACGAGAAUUUUCUGAUUUAUUGAAAUAUUUUACAUUGGUUAGUACAAUAUUCCAAUCGAGUGUAACGCAACGAAAUUGUUACGUGGUUAUUUUAUCUUAACAUUCGGCGCGUCUUUCCGAACAGAAGAAGUGCCGAUUUAGGGAUUUAUGCCGUAUAGCAAACCAUGCCAACAUUGCGUUGCGUACAUGUACAUAAUGCGGAAACAUUCGGCUAUUCAUGUAUUGUAUGAUUUCAUUAAUCACUACCGAUUAAAUUAAGCUCAUUUUGUAUAUACCUCAAUGUAAUCUUCGGCGUUUUCAUUAAAUUUACGUCAUUUUAAAAAUUCUGCUAUUUUCAUUUUAUGUACUCGUUUGAAUGUUAUCUUCAGUCAAAAGCCACUUAAGUUUUAGAUCAUGCGAUAUGGCGUGCAACAUUGUUGCUAAAUGCAUAAUCAUGCAUUUCGUGCCAAACUGGCAACGUUUAAUGCUGUGUCAUUAAAGAGUAAUAGAUCAGACUUGUACUGCUGCUUGAGCCAAUUUCUGACACUUUCAUAUUUGUUUACUUAAAUUAAAAUAAAAAAAUUGUGUCCAGAUUAUGUUUC